AUGAAGGGCGGCAAACUCCCGCCGCUGCUCAUCUUUAGGGGUAAGCCUACGGCGCCGGGUAUAACCCCCGCUGCCAACAGCAUCGAACGAGAGUUCAAGGUGGGCAAGGACAAGAAGGGGAUAGCAUACCCUCAGAGCGUUGUGUACGCCGUGGACGAUAAGGCGUGGCACACACAGCGCGUCUUCAGGGAUGUUUGGCUCCCCCAAGUGUGGAACCGGCGCCCGAGUCGCGAUGGGGUCCUGGGCAACUACCGUCAGCCGGACACACUGCUAUCGUGGGACGACUACACCGUGCACAAGACAGCCCUGUGCAAGGAAGCGAUGGACAAGUCCAACACGACGCUGUUUUUCGUCCCCCGAGGCCUAACGCCCAAGAUCCAGCCUUACGAUGGACUUAUCAACAAGCUGUUCAAGUCCAACAUGUCCAGGCCGUACGACAACCAUAUGGCCUCCACCGACGCCAUGCGCAACGACCGCGGCUACCUGGAUCCCCCAUCGAGGGGAUUGCUCGCGCAGUGGGUGAAGAAAGCGUGGAAUGAAGUGGACCCUGAGAGCAUUCGUUCGAGCUGGAGGAAGGCUGGCAUGACCCUUGCCUUCGAUGGAUCUGAGGAAGAGGCGUGGGCCAACAAGGAGCUCAACUCCGACGCCCAAGGGAAACCACUUCGUGCAGACGGCGACGCGGCCGCUGCCGGCGUGGAGGAGGCUGGCCCAUCGGAGGAGGGGGAGACGAUGGCCGAUUUGUUGGAGGUGUAG